UUAAAUGAAUCCUUCUGGACUGCUUGGUGGAGAGGAGGCUUAACAGCCUGCCCUGGACCACCACUGAUUUCUCCGAGCAGCUAAACUUCACCUUAGUACAUGGGCCCCUGUCAGUGUCUGGGCCGCGGCACUCUUCACUGGUUGCACUGUGAUAUUUACACCAUUGGCAUGCAGUGCUGUAGCAUGUGUUAACCGAAAUUAAACUCUCCCCUUUUGUGCCUUUUGCCACUCCCACCGCAGGUGCAGCUAGUUGUUAGCUCCUGCAAGAGGAAGCCAGCAGAACAACAUAGGAAGCCAGACGGGUGGGCCGUCACACAUACACACUGUAAACCUGCUGUAUGUUCAAAGAAGAGAAAGAAACACAAAUCUUUAUACUCUUACCAUCUUUACAUACACACACAUAUGCUGUACAUAACCACCUGCCGUUUUUUGAGAAACAUAUACAUACAGCUCAUAAUGUUGUUCCUCAUCAUUUUUUAAACCCAUUUCUUUUAGCAUUUUAUCAUGAACGUGUCUCUGCAUUUUAAUUACUCACAUUUUUAUUCAGUCUUGAUUUAAUUUUAAUUGAUAUUGAAUAUUGUUUACUGUAUACUGAUUGAUUUAUUGGUUGACUGAUUAUGAACUGCAAAGCCACUCUGACAGCGCAUGCAGGAAUCACACUAAUAGUGAACGUUAAUUUUGGCCAAUUUAGUCUCCCACCCAUGCGGACAUUUGCCAAAAAAUACCCCAUCGCCUGCCCUCACUUGGCAGAAAACCAUUACUUGUGUCUUUAUCCCUUAUGCGCGCUCCCGUCUCAUGCAGGCGCGCGAGAGGGAUUGUGCGUGCGCGCGCUUGGCACGGCGCCGCGCACUCCAGCCACUGUGUAUAGUAACCCAGAGCAGUGGAGCUCUCAGCUAGACAUGGCGGCCGAUCCUAAGCCGGACUGGCUCUCCUGCCUUCCCUCUUCUUGGAGUUAUGGGGUGACUCGGGAUGGACGCAUAUUCUUCAUCAACGAAGAAGCAAAGAGCACAACCUGGUUACAUCCUGUUACUGGAGAAGCUGUAAUCACGGGGCACAGAAAAACUCCAGAUUUACCAACAGGAUGGGAGGAAGGAUACACAUUCGAGGGAGCUCGCUGCUUCAUCAAUCACAAUGAGCGAAAGGUGACCUGUAAGCACCCGGUGUCAGGCGUUCCCUCCCAGGACAAUUGCAUUUUUGUUGUAAAUGAACAUGUGACUUGUGGGAAGCUUGUCCACCCUGACAAGCCCAUAGAGGCUCUCAGCAGGCCGGCUCCUAAGGCUUCAUCAGAGCAGGGCAGUAGCAGUGACAAGAAGGAACGUCCAAUGAGCACCAUGAGCGAGGCAUCAAACUACACAGGUGGCUCCGACUACAGCACCUUUCCUGGCAGCCCGGCCACCACCAUCACUACUGCCACCACCACCUCCACUUCAUCCACACGGCCCUCUAGGUCUUUCAAAAAAGUUCACAACUUUGGAAAAAGGUCAAACUCCAUCAAGAGGAACCCCAAUGCUCCGGUGGUCAAGAGCAACUGGCUUUACAAACAGGACAGCACAGGCAUGAAGCUGUGGAAGAAGAGAUGGUUUGUUCUGUCCGACAUGUGCCUCUUCUACUACCGUGAUGAUAAAGAGGAUAGCAUCCUGGGAAGUAUCCUGUUGCCAAGCUUUCACAUCUCCAUGUUGUCUGUGGAUGACCACAUCAGCAGGAAAUAUGCCUUCAAGGCCACUCACCCAAACAUGCGGACGUAUUAUUUCUGCACUGACACAGCCAAAGAGAUGGAGUCCUGGAUGAAAGUCAUGACAGAUGCUGCCCUCGUCCACACUGAACCAGUCAGAAGACUGGACAAGUUGAAAGUGGAUCAGCGGACACCUCAGGAGAUGAACAACUUACUGAACCACAGAGUCCUAACCCGGCCCGAGAUCCAGAACAAUGAGCGCAACCGUGAGCCUGCGCGACAACACUCACUAUCCCGAGUUGAUGACAAACGGCAAAAAGACCUAGAGAAACACAACUGUCAGAGAGAGCAUGAGUACUACACCUUACAGAGAGAUGGUGAGAGGUACUCCCUAAAGAAAGAGGGUGUGAGCUACAUGCUUCAGAAGGAUGGAGAGAGGUAUCUCCUUCACAAAGAUGGAGAGAAGUACAUGCUGCAAAAAGACAGGGAGAAACCCUCGCUGCAAAAAGAGGAGGAGGUUUAUACAAUUCACAGGGAUCUGGAGAGGUAUGCUGUUCAGAAGGUGGAUGAAAAGUGCACUGUGAUGCCAACAGAGGAGAAAUACGCUCCAUCUAAAGACGGAGAGAAGUACCUGCUCACGAAGGAUGGAGAAAAAUAUGCACUGCAGAAAGUAGGAGACAGGCACACACUUCAGAAAGAUGGACAGAAAUAUGCUCCCCAGAAAGAGGUGAAGAGACAGCUGUCACUAAAGGAGACAGAGAGGUAUGGCAUACUGAGGGAGACAGAGAGUAAAUAUGGUACCAUCCAAGUUGUAGACAAAUACGGCACUCUGAAGGAGGUAAGAAAAUACAGUACGCUACGAGAAGGGGAUAAAUACACUGCUCUCAGAGACACAGGGAAGUAUGCUACAGUCCGCAGCGGGGAUAAAUAUGGCCUUCAGAGAGACCCAAGUGCAGAGAGGUCUCUGACUAAAAUAAGCAGCAUCAAGCUGCAGCCAGCUCAGGCUGCCGCCAUUGCAGCUGCAGUGUCUGCAUCUCGUCAGGGCCAGGCCAACCUCAGUGUCCAAAGCCCUGCACAGGUCAAUGGCUCGGGGUCUACAGCAGGGGAGCAGACUGGGGACUGCAGCUCAGCAGAGGUGGACAGCAGUCUGACCACGGGUCCAGGAAAAUCCCCUGCUCCAGUCCAGGAGCCAGAGAAAGGCCUGUCCAGGACCAACUCCAUGCAGCAGCUGGAACACUGGGUCCGCACACACAGGACAAGAGGACUGGAUGAUGACACAAGGAGUGUUACGUCCUAUCAGACCUUACCCAGGAACAUGCCCAGCCACCGUGCUCAGAUUGUGCCCCGCUACCCAGAGGGCUAUCGUACGCUGCCCCGCAACAGCAUGAUGAGGCCCGACAGCAUCUGCAGCGCUGCAGGCUCUGUGUAUGACCGGGCCCUCCAUCCUGCUUCCACCAACCCUAUCACCACAGCUGAGAAGAGGAAGUCGAUGAGGGACGACACCAUGUGGCAGCUCUAUGAGUGGCAGCAGAGGCAGGCCUUCUCCAGGCAAAGUCUGGCUCAGCCAACAGCCGUGAGUCAUUAUGGGACCCUGCCCAGCACAAAGACCAUGGGUAACAUCUCUGAACAUGCUGUGGCACUUUCUAUCCCCACCUCGCCGUCUCACGGCUCCCUGGCUCUCUACAGCACCUUCUCUCCUCCUCGCCAGCAGGUCGCUCACAACCCCAGCAGCACCCAUUCUGAAGUGUCCUCACCCGUCUUCAAGGGGGACGUGACGCUGGACCACCGGCACAGGACACACCCUGCCAAGUACGGCUACCCAUCUGAUAGAAGAUCCAUCGCAGCUGGUGUCCCUCCUCAGACUAUCACCCCACAGUCCCUCCAAGGCAAGACACCCGAGGAGCUGACCCUGCUCCUGAUCAAGCUCCGCCGGCAGCAGGCGGAGCUCAACAGCCUGCGGGAACACACAGUAGCUCAGCUAAUGGCCCUGGGUAUGGAAGGGCCCAACGCUAAGAUCAGUCCAGAAGACUACAAAGACAGCUCCUUCAUCCAGCGCAAUGAGGAGGCUGACAUAGACACCAAGCUGAGCAGACUGUGUGAACAGGACAAAGCAGUGAGGAUGCAGGAGGAGAAACUGCAACAGCUUCACAGAGAGAAGCACACUCUUGAGACGGCCCUGCUGUCUGCCAGUCAGGAGCUAAGUGAACAGAGCAGCUCCAACGCUGCAGCUACCCAGAGCCUCAUCCAGCAGAGAGAUGUGCUGCAGAAUGGCCUGCUCAGCACCUGCAGAGAGCUGUCCAGAGUCAACACUGAGUUGGAGCGUUCCUGGAGGGAGUACGACAGGUUGGGUGCAGAUGUCACUCUGGCCAAGUCUAACUUGCUGGAGCAGCUGGAGGCCCUGGGCAGCCCACAGACAGAGCCUCCAAGCCAGCGGCACAUCCAGAUCCAGAAGGAGUUGUGGAGGAUUCAGGACGUGAUGGAGGCUCUGGCCAAAAAUAAACCACAGCGGAGCAUAGACAGCAGUUUAACUGGUUCCAAACCGCUCUCCAGUCUACAGAAGAAUGAGGCAGUGACGCUGCUGCCACUCAGUCCUCUCAAGGAGGGUGACAACAUGCCCCCCCGCCCGCCCCUUCCCCAGUACUACGACUCAUCAGAGCACCCCCCUCACGUGCCCCCCCACCACUCACAUCCUGGCGGCCGCCAGCCCCCCCACACCCACCGCACCGAGGAUCGCAAGGCCAGCUCCAGGAACGGAGUACACAGCGGUGUGCUACCCAAACUGGCUGCUGAGGCGGCUAAGCCUGCGGGUGACGCGGCGGCUGACGCACAGGUGGCGGAUGUGAAAGCAGUGGAGGCUGCUGGCGUGCGCGCUGCUGGUGUGGAGUCUGAGCCGGUCAUUGAUCCUUCUCUGGGAAAUAUGACCACAGAGGAUCUCCGCUUAGCCCUGCAACUAAAGGAGGUGGAGGCCAAAAAUAAACAGCUUGAAGUGCAAGCAAUGCAUCUCCGUAUCAGGGCUCUUGAGCUGGAAAGAGGAGCCCCUGUUGUCUCCACUCCAGUGUCUCCUAACCAAAGUUUUGUUUCUGCUCCUGCUUUUGACAUUAGUAAGCACAUUGCAUUAGUCCCUCCGUUUCGUGAGUCCGAGGUGGACUCAUAUUUCAGCGCCUUUGAGCGAAUAGCUGCUGCACUUAAGUGGCCCAAGGAGUUCUGGUCACUUUUGCUACAGUGUAAGCUUGCGGGGAAGGCCCAAGAAGUCUGUGCCAGUCUGUCAAUUGAGGACAGUCUGGAUUAUGACAUAUUGAAAAAGACUGUGUUGCAGGCUUAUGAGCUUGUCCCCGAAGCGUACAGGCAAAAAUUUAGAAACCGUGAUAAAACUGCCAACCAGACAACAGCCCCCCCCUACCCAGUGGGUAUCAUUCAACCCAGGACCAAAUCUCCUAUGAGCCCUCCUGAGUCCUCCACUAUUGCCUCUUAUGUCACCCUGAGGAAGACCAAGAAGCCUGAAUCCAGAGCUGACCGUCCCAGGAGUGCAGUGGAUCAGACAGGAUUUGGGGAGCGAGAAGUGGGUAGAACAAGGAUGAGUGUGGAGGAGCAGCUGGAGAGGAUUAGGAGAAACCAGGAGGCCUCGUCGCUCCGAGAGAAGAGGAGAGAAACGCCAUCCCGCUCGCCCUCUUUCAGCAAAGACAACCCAUUUCUUAUCCAGCAGAGUCGGAUCCAGGCGGAGGGGGCCUGUGCAGAUCCUGUGGAGCUAGAAGCGGCUCUGCAGCAGCUGAGGGCUGCUCACAUGGAGCAGAGCAGGAUGGCUGCUGAGGCUGCCAAGACUCACACAGAACCUGCACCACAGGAGUUGCAGAGAGUGGAGGAGGUAAAAAAAGGCGAGUCUGAGGAAGUGCAGCGGGACAGGGACAUGACUCCGCAGACUGUGAAAGAGCUGCAGGUUGCGGCCAACAAAAUAGACAAUGAGCUGUGUGAAAGUCAGAGGGUGGUGAUUCUUGACCUGGGCACAGAUCCAAAGCAUGUGGAGAUUGUAAACCUUCACCCUUUUGAGGAUGACGAAAGCAGAGAACAAGAUCUGACCAGCUCGCCGACAAACACCACCACUGAAAACAGCUUCCAGACUCCAGAGCCUGACACGCCAAGCCCAGAGCCAAAGGAGGAGGAACCAGACUUGACGCAACAAGCCACCAGAAAGGAGAAGCUGGAGAAUAGAGUGGACUCUUCCAACCAGCUAACAGCAGAUGACAAGAAACACAACAACAACAACAACAACUUGUUGGCUUACAUUCACCUUGGUGAGAAGCGACACGUGAGCUACACCGGCCUCAACAUCCACACUGGCAUCCUGUAAAGCCCAAAUGUAGCCUGCCUGCAUAGAGCAUGCUCCAUGGCUUCCUGUGUUUACAACAGGAUUAUUUUAAUACUACUGUUAAAUGCCCACAAGGAGACUGAGACUGAGAGGAUGACAGCCUUGCUAACUGACUGACAACACAGACGGGCCGCCAUCACAUCCAAACAGAGGGAGAGGCACAUGUACUGUAUCUUUAGCACCUGUUAGAUCUGUCCGUUCUGAUAUGUCCCUGAGAAAACAUUACUUCUAUGGAGCCAGAUUUGUCUCAAAACAUUUCUGUAUAAAAAUAAGAUUGUGAAAUGGUGAAAUCAUGAAAAAGUUAAAAUGUUUUCUUGAGUUUUGAGAAUUUUACUAUGCUCCCAAUAAGUCCCCAGCUUUGCAAUAACAGGUAGUCAUACAAGGUCUAUAAUUGAAGAGAGGGUGGUUGACAAAGGAAAAAGUGACUGAAGUGUCAAUUGAUUUCUUAAACUACUACUUUACUAUAAACUAUGUUUGUCUUGUGUCUUUUCAGAAAAGCUGAACUUUAAAGAAUUUAGUUUUACCUCUUUAUACAGUAGAGUUUUAAAUCUUAAUCGAGGGUAGGCUUCCUGAACACUUUAGCCUCAUUUCCACCGAGCAGUCCGGCACAGUUCAGUUCCGUUGAUUGGUCACUCUGCUCAGGGUCGAGUUGUGGCUGGUUUUGAAGCUUAAGUAUCCAUUGUUCAUACUGUGGCAAGUCUUACAUAUAUUAGUAAACUAUAACUAUAAAAUGAAAGGAUAUUUUGCUGCCUCUAGCAGCAACUGAAAAAAGAAAAAAAAACUUAAUUCACUGGGCCAGCAACUUUUAAAUUGGAGCAUUUACCUGUUAUGUUACUCAGUACAUGAGCUGACGACGUGAAUCUAUCAACACACCUUAAAUUGCAAUAUGACAACUUUGACCAUUCCAUUAGUUUUUUUCGUUGUUUUUUAUAUACUCUAUUAAUCCCCCUGAAGGGAAAUUAAAUUUUUUCACUCCAUUGUCAUUAACACACAGGUCCGAAAUACACACACAUGCACAAACAGGACUCAUACAUGCACAAAGUGGAGACAUAUCAAAGUGAGGGGGCUGCCAUGGACAAGCGCCCCGAGCGGUUUGGGGGUUCAGUGCCUUGCUCAAGGUCACCUUGGCAGUGCUCAGGAGGUGAACUGGCACCUCUCCAGCCACCAAUCCACGCUCCGUAUUUUGGUCUGGACGGGGAUUUGAACAGGCGACGGUUCCCUAUCCAAGUCCCUAUGGACUGAGCUACUGCCGUCCCUCCUUAUUGUCUCUCUUGGAUGACAUACACUUUUAGUAAUGAGUGGAUCUUUAAGCGUUUAAGAAUCUAUAUUAAUUUCAACCGGAUUAUGCGAUUAUGUGCUUAUAUUGUAAUCCUCACAUGGAGAAAAAACAGUGUUGCAGAGCGUCAUUCCUUCGGCUACAGCAAAACUAAACCCUUGCGCUUGCCUGAGAAGGACUAAAUGCACAAACCCACUAUUUUUAAAUAUCCCAUGAAGAGAGACUCUCACUGCAGCCUGUUCUAAUUUGUUCUGAAAAUGUAGACAUCCAUGUCCAUGUCUGUGUAGACAUGGAUGGACCAUGUCUACACAGGCUAUUUAUUAAAAGUAGCACGUUAGCAAUGCAGCAGCUUCAGUCCUCCCGUUUCUACACAGGAUGCACUCAGGCACAGCACUGGGUGUAGGUCAUCCACGUCUCUGCAGCAAUCAGAGCCCAACACACAGUUACAUUAGUUAAAAUGCAUAAAACUGAAGAAAACAGACUUUAAGGGAAAAAUACACUUUGUGGCGUAAGUACAACAUGCAUUGUUACGCAGCCUGUGUAGACAGCUGGACUGAUUAAAACAGAAGCAUAUCUUUGCCAACACACUGAAAGCUCUUUUAAAGCCCCUGCAACCCAGGUCAGAACUGAAAUUCAGAUGAAAAAAAGAGGAUAUGUUUGUGCACAUAUUUCUAUCACAUUAGUGCUAUAUCAUAGGUAACUGGACUGACUUGAAUUUCUUGAAGACGUUUCAGAACUGAAGAAGCCUUUUGGAUGAGAGGUGAAACAUCUUCAAGAAAUUCAAUCUUCACCAACUUUGUGCACAUACAUUUCUUACUGGAACAAUUCACACCGGUGUCAUAGCACAUGGCUGGAUGUGGUCAGGAACAAGAUAUACCAUUUGUGGAAUUGGGUUAUCAUAAGAAAUUCUCUUUUUUGUGUUUUUCAGACUCAACAAGCCAAAUCUGUUGGUUGACAGUGUUUCCUAUCCUUGGGUCAGCUAGGCCACUGGCUAAUAUUACCACAGACCCUUUUUAUUCUCUGCAAUUCUCUGUUUCUCUAGCUUUUUUGUCGCUGUCAUUAAUUGGCCAUGCUUUUAUUGAUAUAAAUAUAUAAAAUGAAACCAUUUCACAAUCUUGACUGUACGUAUGAAUUGUUUGGGGGUAAUUUACUGUGGCUCCAUAGAUACAUGUUGCCAAAUGUAUACACACACAUCAAAACACAGAACUUUUGAUACCUUACUAAGUAUUACAGUCAUCUUAACAUAGUUCCUUGCAUAUUCUACUGAUCUGGUGGAGGGUGUAUUAUCUGUGCUGUGUUGUAGGAGGUGAGUGUACAGCUGCAUGUAGGAGGACUUGAGAAGUCUCACUGCAGAUGGGCUAAGCACCAAAACUCAACACAUAUGCAGUGCUUUACUUUAACCCCAAAGUGACCGCUGAUGCUCUUGAAUUUUAACCUGCUCUGAUUUUGAUAGCUGUGUUCCCUUAAGACCAGAGGCUUCCUUAUUAUGCUGUUUUCAUUUUGCAUCUGCAACAUGACAGAUUGUCCUGUAUUGGAUAUACAUAGAGAGAGAGAGAGAGAGAGAGCAAGCGAGCAGAUUUUUACUUUAGCAAGGUGCCACUUCAUACUGCUGAAAUUUUUUGAACACAACUAAGUAUUGAUGACACACACAGUAUGUGAAUGUUUUGGAUUUCCAGUCUGCUUUUUCAGUUGUGUCUCUUUUUGUUUUUAACUCUUUGGUUUACAUGACAUAGAAGAUAUACAGAGGCUGAGGACAUGACACAGAUGAGAUAUUUUGCAUUUAAAUCUGUUCUAGGUGGUGAAGAAUUGGACAAUAGCACAUGUACCAAGCAAUAAGUAGGACUUUGGAGCUCCAGGACAUAAAAGAAAUUUAAAAGAGAUGUAUAAACUGUAAAAAAUAAAUACAAUUAAGAAAAAACAAAAACAAGAUAGCAUAAUUUAUGUACACACUGAAAAGAAGAUAAGAAUAUUAUAAGAGGUUAUUAUUAAUAUUAUUAGGGUCAAUAUGCAAAAAGUUCAUAACCCAUUUGUUUUAUAUCAUGUGAA